CGUGGGCGGCAAGUACCUUCAUCAGAAUACAAGAAGGAAGAAGGGGUUGACGGCAUUUGGAAACGACGAGAAAGAAGAAAUGCAGACGGAGACGAAACUUUCGGAAAUCUACCACGAAGAUGGACGAGGCUGUCUUAUGCCAAAACAAGCAAAUUUGGAACUGAAUUAUGGAGGCGCCAUGUACUUACCAAGUAUAUGGAACUGCCUCCUAAGCAAGAAAUGAGAAAGGCGGUGGCCUAUUCUCAUUACUCGUCGUUUG